AGAGACAGAGAGACAGAGAGACAGAAACAGAGACAGAGAGACAGAGACAGAGAGACAGAAACAGAGAGACAGAGAGACAGAAACAGAGAGACAGAAACAGAGAGACAGAAACAGAGAGACAGAAACAGAGAGACAGAGAGACAGAAACAGAGAGACAGAAACAGAGAGACAGAGAGACAGAAACAGAGAGACAGAGAGACAGAAACAGAGAGACAGAAACAGAGAGACAGAAACAGAGAGACAGAAACAGAGAGACAGAGAGACAGAGAGACAAGAGACAAGAGACAAGAGACAGAAACAGAGAGACAGAAACAGAGAGACAGAGAGACAGAGAGACAGAACAGAGAGACAGAAACAGAGAGACAGAAACAGAGAGACAGAAACAGAGAGACAGAGACAGAGAACAGAGACAGACAGAGAGACAGAAACAGAGAGACAGAACAGAGAGACAGAGAGACAGAAACAGAGAGACAGAAACAGAGAGACAGAGAGACAGAGAGACAGAAACAGAGAGACAGAAACAGAGAGACAGAGAGACAGAGAGACAGAAACAGAGAGACAGAAACAGAGAGACAGAAACAGAGAGACAGAGAGACAGAGAGACAGAAACAGAGAGACAGAGAGACAGAAACAGAGAGACAGAAACAGAGAGACAGAAACAGAGAGACAGAAACAGAGAGAGAAACAGAGAGACAGAAACAGAGAGACAGAGAGACAGAGACAGAGAGACAGAGAGACAGAAACAGAGAAGAGAGACAGAGAGACAGAAGACAGAAAACAGAGAGACAGAGAGACAGAAACAGAGAGACAGAAACAGAGACAGAAAAACAGAGAGACAGAGAGACAGAGAGACAGAAACAGAGAGACAGAAACAGAGAGACAGAGACAGAGAGACAGAGAGACAGAAACAGAGAAACAGAGAGACAGAGAGACAGAAACAGAGAGACAGAAACAGAGAGACAGAGACAGAGAGACAGAAACAGAGAGACAGAGAGACAGAAACAGAGAGACAGAAAGGGAGACAGAAACAGAGAGACAGAAACAGAGAGACAGAGAGACAGAGAGACAGAAACAGAGAGACAGAAACAGAGAGACAGAAACAGAGAACAGAGAGACAGAGAGACAGAAACAGAGAGACAGAAACAGAGAGACAGACAGAGAGACAGAAACAGAGAGACAGAGAGACAGAGAGACAGAGAGACAGAAACAGAG